UGUGUUUGUGCGUAUUUGUGUACGUUUUCUUUUGUUUUUUUUUUUGUUUUUUCUCGUUUCAUCUAUGUACGUUUUUCUUUUUCAUGUACGUUUCUAACCAUACACAAUUCACAUGGUCUGUCUGUGUGUGUGUGUGUAUGUGUUCACGUGUGUGUAUGUGUGUGUGUGUGUGUGUGUGUGCGUCUGGCAAAUUUCCAAGGACUAUGUGUGUAUGUCUGUACGUAUGUGUGCGUAUGUGCGUGUGUGUGUGCGCGUCUGACCCCGUACACGUGAAGGGGUCCCCGGGUCACCUUGUGUGGAGGUCACGGGAGGAGGUCAGGGAGGUUACACUGAGGUCACAGCGGCGCGGGUCCUGGUGGCAGCCGGCUGGAGGUCACAAGACUGGCCAGCAUGUGUGAGAUAGAACCAAGACAGAACGACGAGACUACCACCACCACCACCAACACCAACACCACUAACGAUGGCGGGGGCAGCAACAACACCACAAACAACACCCCGCUACUGGUGUCGUUUGGGAACCCCCUGUUGGACAUCACAGCGGUCGUGAAGGAUAAUGAACUACAUCACCGGUUCUGUCUACCCAUCGACGGCCAAUUAGAGGUGGACGACACGCAGCGGCCAGUCUUCUCCCACGUCAUGGAGAAGUACCCUGUGGAAUAUACUGCAGGUGGAUGUGCCCUGAACUCCUCCCGGGUGUUCUGCUGGGUGCUGGGGGAGCCUCAUCAUGUGGUGUUUGUCGGCGGUAUUGGGAAAGACGAGGCCGCACGGAGACUGUCUGAUAUUGUUGAGGAGAGUGGUGUCAUUACUAGGUUUGUGAAGGUGGAUGACCAGCCGACCGGGGUGUGUGUGGCGCUGGUGCUGGGGGCGUGUCGCUGCCUGUGUGCCGACAUAGGGGCCGCUGCCACCUGCCUGCCUCACCAUGUCUUUGCGCCACACCUCACCCCAGUGCUGGAGGAGGCUGAGUUUAUCUACGUUGAGGGCUACUUCAUCACUCACAGUUUCCCUGCUGCGUUACAGAUUGCACAGUUUGCCCAGCGGCGCGGCAAGACGCUGGUGUUCAACCUGUGCGGCAGCUACGUGUGUGAGCGGCACGCCGGGGAGCUGCGGAGCCUGCUGCCCUACGUGGACAUCCUGUUUGGCUUUGAGGAGGAGUACCGCACCCUGGAUGCCUUUGUGGACGUGGCGGCCGUCAGCGCCGAGCAGCACCACGACCCAGCCAGCCUCACCCACGACCUGCUACUGGUGCUGCAGGCCAUCCGCGGCCAGGCCCCCGUGCUGCAGGACGACUCCAAGAUCACCGCCAAGGCCGCUGCCCACGCGCCGUGCCCCGACACCACCCUGGACAUCAUGGCCAGCGCCCCCGGCUGUGAUGUUGGCCUGCCCAACGGUGACGUGCCCACACCAGAGAGGGAGUACUGCUGCUCCAGCACCGGUGACACCCACUGCAGCACUCCCGGCACCUGUGACACCCACUGCAGCACUCCUGGCACCGGUGACACCCACUGCAGCACUCCCGGCACCCGUGAUACCCACUGCAGCACUCCUGGCACUGGCAACGGUCACUGCAGCACUCCCACUCCCCCCACUGACUGUGUGGACAACACCUGCAGCCUGCCCAAUGGCACUACGGGCCAGCCUGCCAACGGGCAUGCCCCCGGCAGUGCCAAUGGGUGCCGGGGGCCGGGAGGCAAGGGCGGGGGCAAGCAGCGGCUGGUGGUGGUGACGAAGGGCCCCAGCCCACUGCUGUACUGCCAGGGCGGGGUGGUGCGGCAGCGCUGCGUGCCGCCCAUUGCGCCGGAGGACAUCGUGGACACCACGGGGGCAGGAGACUCCUUUGUGGGGGGCUUCCUGGCUGCCCUGAGCCGCGGCCGCCCACUGGCACAGUGCCUGGACUGUGGUGUGUGGACGGCACAGCAGCUGCUGCAGCAGAAGGGCUGCACGCUGCCGCCACACCCUGCCGAGUUCCUGCUGGCCGCCGAGUGAGCCGCCCCGCCCCUUGGGCCUCUCUGGGCCGGCCGUCCCGCCCUGCCCGGCCCCUCCGGCCUCAGGACAGUCUGUAGUGCAAAUCAAUUCAGUAUUUUGUAAUGAUCUGUUUUGUCAUCAACACAACCCUCAGUGUGCAGCAGCAGCAGCAGCAGCAGCACACAGUGGUGGCACUGGCAGGGAGUGCCGCUGCCAGCCGGCGCUGGUCACUGGUUGCCAUAGAGACACAUCGACACGUAGAGACACAUAUCAGCCUGCCGCUUGCCUUUGUUGUGUCUGGGGAAGGACUGCUGCUGGCAUGGGGGGGGAGGGACAUCAGACACACACACACACACACACACACACACACACACACACACACACACACACACACACACACACACACAGACACACACACAAACGCAGGCAGUCAGUGAGGGGCCGCCACGCGUCCAGUCUUUCCUCAUUGCGCCACCACGUUGCCACGCACCGCCUCACCUGGCCACACCGCACCGCUGGCACCCCCCUGGCUGCCUGU